GAGUCUGGCACUGCAAAACUGUCCGUUGUAAUGUGCUAUACCACUGAGGAUACAGCUUUUGCUUUGGCCUAUACGAGCAUAGCAUUUUGGGGGCUUUGCGCAUUAAUUCAUGCCUUGGUGCUCUUGGUGCAUGCGAGUUUGGAGUCGACGGAACCGCGUCGGUGUGAUACGGCUUUAAUUAGAUUUGUGAAAACUAUACCCGUUGACUUUCACUUCAAUGCGCUGUUUGGUGAUUUACUGCGCACUGGUGCCUCAUUUAUACUACUCAAAGCAAUUAAUGACUGCAACACCAAUAUGCUUGUGAACUUUUUGCGCUUCAAAUAUGUUGAAGUAUUUCUUCUGCUAAUUUUAUUUACUGUCAGCAGUUUCAGAGAAGACGCGAACGCAUUUGCAAAGGCUUACUAUACGAUAUCGCUGGUUUUAGAUUUGGCAGUGCUGUAUAUUAUAUUCAUAUAUUGCUGCGAGCUCUUAGCCAAUAAGUGAGCAAGAAAUGAAAAGGCUCCUUAAAUGCAUGCGUGUGUAUGUGUGGGUUUUAAGCGGGUAGCUGUGUACAAAACUUCAACAUUUAUUAAAAAAAAUCAAUACAAAUUAUGUAUAUUAAUUUUUUGUUAAAAGGUUUAUUGUACUUAUGAAA